UUUCUCCUUCUCCUUUCUGUUUUGGCGGGCGGGCGGGCGGGAGUCUCCCUGCCAUGACUGCGCCGAGGGAGCCUGAGCGAACAUGAGCCGCCGCGGCGAGGGCGAAUUCCUGAACUGCCGCCUUUCUCCCCCCGCCGCGACCAUGAGGAGGCUGGCGCUGCUCGCGUUGCCUCUCUUGCUGUGCCUGGGCGAGGUAGCAGUUGCUGCUGAAUGUGUUAAUGAAUGUGGAUCUGUAAAUGUAACCGUAUCAGAAACAGAAAUACAUAUCCAGCCACCUGACAACCAUAUAAUAAGUAAUGUAACGCUUGCAAAUGGAACACGUGCUGGAGUUCAACUAUCGAAUACGACGGUAUCUGGACUUCAACCUGGCACGCAGUACGAAGUGACUUUUAAGAUUUCUGCCGAAAAACCAUGCUGCAAAAUCAUUACAACAAAACCCAGCCCAGUUUUUGACAUCAGCUUUGAAAACCGCAGUAAUUCAACAGUAACUUUAAAGUGGAGCAAUCGCGACCCAAAUGCAUCUAACUACACUUAUCGGAUACUAAUAGAAGGAACUGGUCCUCCCAGGAAAGAAACUUCUAACACCACCAAUGCAGUAAUUAGGGGCCUGGAACCUGGAACAUUGUAUACAUUCACGAUAUUCCCACAAGUUGAUAAUGGUGCAGUUGAAGGAGAACCAAAUCAUACAACUGUUUAUACCAGGCCCAAUCCAGUUUUUGGCAUCCAGGUUGAAAACCUCAGUGACACAGAAGUAACUUUAAAGUGGAACAACCCAAAUGAUUCCAACUACACUUAUAGGAUACUAAUAGAAGGAACUGAUCCUCCCAGGAAUAAAUCUUAUAACACCAACAGUGCAGUGAUUGGGGGCCUGGAACCUGGAACAUUGUAUACAUUCAGAAUAUACUCACAAGUCGAUAAUGGUGCAGUUGAAGGAGAACCAGAUACUACAACUGUUUAUACAAAACCCAGCCCAGUUUUUGAUAUCAGUCUUGAAAACCGCAGUAGUUCAACAAUAACUUUGAAGUGGAACAAUAGCGAUCCAAAUGCAUCUAACUAUACUUAUCGGAUACUAAUAGAAGGAACUGAUGCUCCCAGGAAUGAAACUUCUAACACCACCAAUGCAGAAAUUGGGGACUUGAAACCUGGAACAUUGUACACAUUCACAAUAUUCCCACAAGUCAAUAAUGGUGCAGUUGAAGGAGAACCAAAUGCUACAAGUGUUUAUACAAAGCCCAACCCAGUUUUUGAUAUCAGUCUUGGAAACCGCAGUAGUUCAACAAUAACUUUGAAGUGGAAAAAUAGCGACCCAAAUGCUUCCAACUACACUUAUCGGAUACUAAUAGAAGGAACUGAUCCUCCCAGGAAUAAAAUUUCCGACACCACCAGUGCAGAAAUUGGGGACUUGGAACCUGGAACAUUGUACACAUUCACAAUAUUUCCACAAGUCGAUAAUGGUGCAGUUGAAGGAGAACCAAAUGCUACAAGUGUUUAUACAAAACCCAGCCCGGUUUUUGAUAUCAGUCUUGAAAACCGCAGCAAUUCAACAGUAACUUUGAAGUGGAACAAUAGCGAUCCAAAUGCAUCUAACUACACUUAUCGGAUACUAAUAGAAGGAACUGAUCCUCCCAGGAAUGAAACUUCUGACACCAACAGUGCACAAAUUAGGGACUUGGAACCUGGAACAUUGUAUACAUUCACAAUAUUCCCUCGAGUUGAUAUUGGUACAAUUGAAGGAGAACCAAAUGCUACAAGUGUUUAUACCAAGCCCAGUCCUGUCUCUGGCUUAGAUGUUGUUGAUAUUGACACAAUGAAUGUAACCUUAAGAUGGGAAGACAACGAUGCUGCUUCUUCAGGGUACACUUACAUAGUAUUGUAUCAACAAAACCAAGUGGAAAUGAAUGUGACAUCACGAUACAAGAACGUUACCAUUCUAGGACUUUUACCAGGCACCCUCUAUCGCUUUAGUGUAUUUCCACAAGCAGCAGACAACCUCACCAAAGGGGACCCACAAACCACACACAGGUACACAGCUCCUAACUCAGUCACCAGCAUCAGAGUUACAGAUGUCAGUAUAACAACGGUCAACUUAACAUGGGAAAAUCUUGAUGCAGCUUCUUCAGAGUACACCUACAGGAUACAGAUUGGUGGUGAAGCCACUGAGGACAAGAUAUUCCCAACUACGAGUGCUGAAAUUUCAGAGCUAACUCCUGGGACCAAUUAUACAUUCAGCAUUUAUUCAGUAGCAGGGUAUAAUCAAACUGAAGGGAGACCAGGCAGCAUAAAUAACUGUACAGAUGCUGCAAGAGUGGAGGUGUUGAACUGCAUGCAAGUCGCCAAGCAGCCAAAAUUGAUUCUAAACUGGUCUAAUCCAAAGGGGAGGUUUGCUGACUUUGGAGUUGACGUCUUAAAUAGUACUUGGGGCAGUAAAAAUAUAUUGGAAAACCAUACCACAGUAACAGAUUUGAACUACUAUACCAACUACACUGUUAGAAUUGUCACACAUUCGUGUGGGAAAGAUAGUCAUCCUCAGGAAAAAAUAUGUCCCACAAGUAUUGGCGACCCCCCAUCUCCACUUACAGCCCCUGCCAUUGUGGGAACCACUCACAACUCCUUGACAGUUCGGUUCAGUAGUUUUAAUGCAAGCCAUGGACCUUUAGUAGCAUAUGCAGUAAUCGUCACACGAAAAGAUGUAGUCUCUGCAGAGGCCUUGAAAUAUACCUAUGAUGAUUUCAUGAAACGGGGAGCAGAUGCUUACGUUGCAUAUGUCAAAGAUGAGCAAAUGCGUUCCUCUUCCCCCUCCAACAGUGAACAGCAUACUAUUGUAAUAGGAGACGGAUCCGUAACACAUGGUUAUGUCAGUGGGAAGUUAAUCCCACUUAAUUCAUACAGGGUAUAUGUUGCUGGUUUUACUCGCAUUGACUAUUUGAAUGACACCAUUGACGAAAAGGAGAGUUAUGUCUCGUUUUCAAAAAUUUCAAAGGCUGUUGUCUUACCUCAAGAUCCAGAUGUCAUCACAGGAGCUGUUGUGGGAUGCAUUCUGGCUGCUGCUGUUAUUGCUGCAGGGAUUGGUUUUUUCAUCUUCUGGAAAAAGAGAAGGAAAGGUGGAAAAAACAACCAGGUGCCAUUUACCCAAUUAGAACCGAGAAAAUCGAAGUUAUUUAAAGUGGAAGACUUUGAGUCUCAUUUUAAGAAACAGAAAGCUGACUCAAACUGUGGAUUUGCAGAAGAGUAUGAGGAGCUCAGGCCUGUUGGUACAAAUCAGCCCAGAUUUGCAGCUGAACUACAAGAGAACAAAGCAAAAAAUAGAUAUAACAAUGUCCUGCCAUAUGAUAUUUCUCGUGUCAGACUUCAGAUCCAUGAACAUCCAACCAAUGAUUACAUUAAUGCAAACUAUAUGCCGGGUUACAACUCCAAGAAAGAGUUCAUCGCUGCACAAGGCCCUUUGCCCAAUACGGUGCAAGACUUCUGGCGCAUGAUCUGGGAGAAGAAAAUUUAUACCGUUGUUAUGCUGACUAAAUGUAUUGAACAAGGCAGGACAAAAUGUGAGGAAUAUUGGCCAAAUAAACAAUCCAAAAGCUAUGGAGACAUAACAGUAGCCAUGACUUCAGAAAUUCCCCUUCCAGAGUGGACAAUACGAGAUUUCUCCAUGGAAAAGAGUGAUUCAUCUGAAAGUCACCCCGUGCGACAGUUCCACUUCACAGCCUGGCCAGAUCACGGUGUCCCGGAAACAACCAACCUCCUCAUUAACUUCAGGCACUUAGUACAGGAAUACAUGAAGCAGAACCCUCCAAGUUCUCCUACCUUAGUGCACUGCAGUGCUGGUGUCGGAAGGACGGGGACAUUCAUUGCAAUUGACCAUUUGAUCCAUCAAAUGGAGAUGGAGAACACUGUUGAUGUGUACGGUGCUGUAUAUGAGCUUCGAAUGCAUCGGUCUUUAAUGGUGCAAACAGAGGACCAGUAUGUCUUCCUAAACCAGUGUGUUUUGGACAUUAUCAAAUCCCAGAAAGAUAAGAAAACAGACCUUAUCUAUCAAAACACAAAUGCCAUGGCAAUCUAUGAGAACUUCACACCGUUGCCACAUAUUGGGAAGGCAAAUGGCUACCAUGCAUAACUGCAAGGGAAUGACAAGCCUCCUACUUCUGCCUUUUACAUAAGUGAGGAAAUAUGCACUGUUUUUGUAUGUAUUUCUAUACAGAGACUUUUUCCACUUUUUAAAAAAGAAUAACUGAAGAUGUACACAUUUUUUAAAAUGCCAAUGGGAACUGUAGUUUCUACAAUAGUGUUAAAGGGAAAAUACACUGUAUUUUACAGAUGGAUUUGAAGAAGGUGAAGAAGCAUCACAUGAUUGGUGUAUUAUCACUGAAUAAAUGACGGGAUGGGAUCCCUUUUUGAACUUCAGAAAUAAUAAAUGACACAGAUACUUAAAAUCAGGUUUGAGGGUCACUGUUCCAGAGAUGUUUGUAUGUACAUUGGCUUUUCGCCAAUAGAAACCUACGUUAUCAGUGACUACUCAAGUUCUUUUUGUUUUAUUUAAAACGGGAACACAAAAAAUUAGCAAAUAGGAUAUUUUAUUAUGUACUUGUGCCUUUUUCUAGCUGUUUUGCUAUAGACAAAAUGAUCAGAGUCCUAUAUUUUUGUAUUGAAAUUCUCGGUUGAAAUAUAACAUUUAAAUAAUAUCAAUAUCAAUUCUCAUUUGGAAUAGCUUUGUUGAUUCUUCCUUCAUGGAGGUGGCAACCCUUUCUUUGUAUUUUACUGCAGUCUGCAGAGACUUUUCCCUAGAGGUAAUUCACUUGAUUGUGUGAGGACUGGAGCAAUCGUGUGACACCUUGGCUGUAUAAAACUGUAUUAAACUGUGGAAUGGAGCCUUCUUAUAUGGUUUAGCUGAAACUUGUUUAGCUUUGUAUUCAUCCAUCGAGAUUAGUACUUCCCACUUCUAAAAUCUGUUAAUAUCAGUUGUAAGUAUAUUCACGCACUUUCAGUGCUCUUCAGAACCCAUUUGUGCCUUUGUGCCCGAAACUUCCUUUUCCUUCACCUCACUGUCCAUAGCCCCAUUUUCACUCACUGCCAAUGAAUCUGGUGAGCUGAAGAUGUCAUUGUCUGAUGUCACGAUUCUGCUUCUGACAUGCCUGUAAACAUGUGACUCCCUAAACCAAUCUAAACAUGAGUGAGAAGAAAGGUGGCUGAGGUCAGUGAGGGCAAAGUGAAGGAAAAUGGGGAAGAAAUGAAGUGGCAACUGCCAGUGGAACAAAAGGACAUCAAGCAUGUAAAAAAAUAAAUAGCAAAUCUUCAAUAUGAGUAUUCCCCCCCAAUUAGUUUUGUGGGAUAUGCUAAUUUCAAAGCAAAUAUUGAACAUAGGAGAUGUUUUGCCUAGCUUUCAAUCAUGUAAAUACAAAGCCCAUCAAUGUGUUGUGGAAGCAGAAUUGUUAAAGUACACACUGGCUACAUAAACACUUGACAGGGCGGACUGAGCUGCGUGAAGAGGCAGUUGUGUGUCAGGUCCACUAAAUCCAGCAUUACCACACAGGCCCUCAGGUUUCACAGCAGUUUCAGGAGAGUAGUGGUGCUGCCUUCAACAUGUGUAGAUAGGAGGGAGGCAGCUGCUUCUCCGUGUAGUUACAACCCAUCUUACUGGGAACUCAUUGAGUGCCCACUGUCUAGUUAGCAGUUAAUCCAAAUGUUGCGGUUAUCACUUGAUAGCUUAUCUCCUCAGUUGGUCUUAAGGGAUGGCCUUUAGUGGUGUCAUUCACGGAAGAGGAGGGCUAUGUCUCAAUCUGAGCUUUAACUUCUUUUCUUUGUGUGUUGGUGUUGUAGUUUGUGUCUCUGUCGGUGGGAAGGGGAGGGGGGAAUGAAGGACCCACCCUAUCCAGGUUGAAAUUUUUAUGUUCUCGUAUGUAAUAAGGAUUUAUUUAAAAGUGCAAUAUUUGAUUUACUGAAUGAACGCUUGCCUCUAUUUCCAUAGAGUUUUACUCAGGUUCAGUAUCUCUUCUUAGUUGUUCUGUGGUUUAAUGUUCUUAAAUGUGUCGUUUAUGGAAGACUGAAGAACUCCUAUGGCAGAGUGAUCCCAGGAAGGUCCAUUGACUUUGCUCUGUUUCUCUAAAAAGUAAAUGUUCUAAAGAUCUACUGAUUCUUUCAGCUGCAGAAUAUGUUUUAGCCAGUUAAAACUGAGGUAUAUAUUUUUAAUGUUGUUGUAUCAAAGAUAUAUAAUUGCUCUACCUUUUGGUUUAUUUGUUUGUUUGUAUUAUGCUGCUGUAGUUGUAACGGAUACGAUUAAUGAAAAUUGAAGGGUUCUCCAUUAAAUUAAUUGUGUUGGUACACUGAUGGUGAAAUUAUGAAGGUAUUCUUAAUGAAGGACUUGUGGCGUGGGAAGUGGGAGGGGUUGUGGUUCUUUAUUCUUUUAGUCAAUGCGCUGGCAGCAUUAGGAACUCUCUUGAGUGUGUUAUAGAGCUAUCUGUAAAGUAUUGGAGCGUUGUGGGCUCCACUCCUCAACUUUCUUUGGUGCAAAAACCCUUUGAAUUGCAUUGAGCUUGUGCAGAGCAGGCAAUAUGCUUGAGGGAAUUAGGGUGCUGAAGGGUAUACGGUAAGCCACACUCCAUGGCUCUGGAGUAUUUAAAAUUCUGCCAGUGGGGCAAAAUCUUUUGGAAACCAAUAGCUCAAAAAUAGGGAAAUGGUUGCUAAUACAGUUCUUCUCCUACCAAAUUCUAUGACUGGUGGCUUUUUAUAUCUAUGCCUUAGGUAGAAUGUCAUUUGGAUGUUGGUGGUUGGACCAAAUAUAUACAUAUUUUAAAUGGUUGAAAGAGGGGCCCCACUAAAAUAUAGAUUAAUCUGUUUCAUACGUGCCACAUUCCAAUGCAGGGGUCUUCUACAUAGUAGAAAUGAAAUCCUGCUUGAUUUUGGGGGAGAGCCAAUAAACCCUUGUUGUUGUCUCUGUAGAUCAUUAUCCAGGAAGAGGUUUUGCACAAGAUUUGUCUAAUGUAAUAAGCAACGAUCCUAAUCAUGCCAUAAUUGAUGCUAGCAGUCUUUGUGCAUCUUGACAUAAAUACAGUUAGCAUGCGAAUAAUUGCACUUGUGAACUCUCCUUACAAAAUGGGGUCUCAGACCAAAACUGGCCUAUUGGGGUUUUUUCUUUUCUCUUUUUACAAAGUGCCUGUCUACCAUAGAUGACUGCUGUGUCUGAAAAGUUACCAGAAUGUAUUUCGUUGUUUCCUCUUAAAAUAAAUGGCAUCCUUUCAAGGCAGUGCAAAUAUUCUUAAGAAUGAUGAGGGGAAUCUGGACUUGCCCUUUCCUGUGGACAGAAUGGACUGAGAUCCAGUGCAGACUCCCACUGAAGGAAGUGAGGAGUGUUUUUCUACAAAUAUCUUUCCCUGUGCUUUUCAGUGACAUCUUCCACACCGAUCUGAAAUGUCUCCCAAUCCUGCAGUGUAGUGGGAGAUGGGGACACAGAGGAGCUAUAGAAGGACGAGAACAAUAAAAAGUCAUCUUUCCCCUUUCUUCAGCAGAAUAUCCUACAGGUGAAAUUCUGUUAAUCAGGUGGGAUCCAGCCCUACAUGCCUAAAAUUUGUGCUGGUUGAAAACAUUAGAUCAAUUAAAAGUUGCAGGAUCACAGGCCCAGGGUUCAGAAGUAAUUAAAUUUCGCAUAGGCUCCACUCAUUAUGGAGGUGUAGGACUUGGGCAAAGAAAAUAGGGGGAAGCAUAGGAGCUGCAUGCUCUUUGCCUUGAUCAAAGGUGGUGUUACCCUCCAGAUAUCGCUGAAUUACAGCUCCCAUCAGCCCCUGCCAGGGAUCAUAAGCUGCAGUUCAGCAAUGUCUGGAAGGCAGCAGGUUUCCUCACCCCUGGCUUAGAUUCUUUCCCUUACUUCCUUUCAGUUAAUCCCUUGCAGCUCAUUCACCCUACCUCAUGAAGAUGUUGAUGGAUGCUACUAAAAUAAUGUAGCUCCUGAUAGGUAUCUUCGUCAGGGGACAACUGUGCCCAGUGAUAAGUUUAUAGCAGGCAUAGGCAAACUCGGCCCUCCAGAUGUUUUGGGACUACAACUCCCAUCAUCCCUGGCCACUGGUCCUGUUAGCUAGGGAUGAUGGAAGUUGUAGUCACAAAACAUCUGGAGGGCCCAGUUUGCCUAAGACUGCUUCAUAGGGUUUGGCCAGAGUCAGCCUGGCCUUCAUUACUAGCUGCAAUCAAUGGAGCUGUCAGGGCAGGACUUUAGAGCUCAGGGCUCAGCAGAACGAGCAGGGAGGCCCCCAAAAGUAGCAGCGUUGGAUUGUCGCAUUUUCAGCAUAUUACGAUCUAAAGAGGACUAUUAAGUCCAAAGCCUAAAAUUGCCUAACUAUAACUGAGUGCACAUCAUUUUCAUAAGCCAUCUGUGUGUGCGUGAGGGAGAGGGUGCUGUUUUAGUUCAUGCUGUAAAAACGUAGCCCUAAACAUUUGCACUUGAUUACCUGCCUGUAACGGGAACAUAACACAAUGGUCUGUGGAUGUAUUAUGCUAGCCCAUCCUAAGCAUUUGUUUUGCUGACAGGUCUGAUCUUCCUCUUAGUCAGAGCUCAUCUGGGGCAGCAGCAAAGGGCAGCUAACUUGUCAAUUAUUUGGCUUAUUAUUUUUACCACUGUUGGGUUGUUAUUUUUUUGCAGGUGGGGGUUCAGACACCAAAAUGCCUUGGUCUGUCUCCUUUGCUGACUGCAGAGACAGUCCAGCAGGGUACAUAUCAAAACUGGCUUGAAUCGGAAUAGUUUCUCACUGGUCUGCUUGUUAUAUAAUUUCCUUUUGAUCUACGCUUUGAAGUUAUAAAAACACCUCAGAGUGCAAAAUUAUAUUGCUUGGAGUGUUCAAAUCAUCCUUUUUUUAGCCUUAAAACUUGGGAGUAAUAACCUAUGGGUCAGGAUUCAAAGGAAGGAGAGAACAGUUCAUGCAGGCUUGCUUGUUUGCUGUUUUCACCACUGUCAAAAAGAGAGAAGUUGUCAUUAAGUUUAAAAAGCAACUAGUCUCUUGGACAGCGGAACCUGCUGUAAUGCCCACAUCAAGAAAAACCUCCUUCUUUGGAUGCGUGCCAGUCUCCUUGUUUUUUAUUCUGUUUUUAAUUUCCAGGCAAGGCAUGAUUUUGAAAAGAGAGUAUUCUUUGUGCAUCGGCUGUUGCUGUUAUAAUUGUGUGUUCAAAUGAUGUACAAUGUUCAGUGUUUCAUUCAUUGUACAGAUGUUUGCUGCAUACUGUCCUUAAUUUUAAUUGUCUGAUUGUCUUUUCAAUGACAUAAAAAUAACUAAAUAAAACAUUGACACAAUA